CCAAUCCCCCUCAGUCUCGCACUCUCGCCAGUCGCCUACGUCAGCCGCUUCAAGACGCAUUCCAAAUUCAGAAGCGACCAUCUCGGUUACUCCACGGCGCUGUUCACUACCGUCGCAUGCGCGCGUCCGAAAUGUGCUUCACUGGGUCGUAGGGCUAGCAAUCACAUUGUCCGUCUCUGCGUCACCCGGCUGGUGAUACCCUCUCCGCCCGCCCAUCGGCUCUCUUCACCCAUUGCGCUUCAUUAGAUUAAGCCCGCCCGCACCCGACAGCCCCACCAGUUCCACCCCAUCCCUCACACAUCGCACUCAGCCCCGCCAACAUGUCUUCGGUCUGGAACCCCGACAAUGUACGAGACGUGGCCGAAUCGGUGGGCAUCGCCUCACUUGCCGAUAAUGUCGUCGAAGAGCUGGCACGCGAUGUCGACUUCCGCUUGGCACAAGUGCUAGAGGAGGCCCUCAAGUUCAUGCGACACGGGAAGCGGACCACACUGAGCACACAGGACAUAUCCAAUGCCCUGAAGGUGUUGAAUGUGGAGCCCCUCUACGGUUACGAAUCUACCCGACCGCUGCGCUUCGGCGAGGCUUCGCUGGGGCCCGGUCAGCCCUUGUACUAUGUCGAAGAUGAGGAGGUCGAUUUCGAGAAGCUCAUCAACGCCCCGCUGCCCAAGGUGCCACGGGAAAUCACCUUCACAGCGCACUGGCUCGCUGUCGAGGGAGUCCAGCCUUCGAUACCUCAGAACCCCAACACGAAUACCGGCGAUCUCUUGCCCAAGGGACCCAACGCGAAUCCUCACUUGGCCGCGGCUAAUGGCUUGGACAACGUGAACGUCAAGCCGCUCGUCAAACACGUGCUAUCCAAAGAAUCGCAAGAGCUUUUCAACAAGCUGUCGGGCGCCCUCAUCGACGAAACGAACAUCGAAUGGCAGAACGCGGCACUUGCUGCCAUCUCGACAGAGCCGGGCAUUCAUCAGCUGACGACCUACCUUCUCAGCUUCAUAGCUGAAAAGGUCACACACAACAUGAAGAACCUGUUCAUCUUGACACAGAUGAUGCGUGCCGCAGAGGCGUUGCUGAAGAAUCAGGCCAUCUACCUCGAUCCCUACGUGGCAUACAUGGUACCGCCCAUCCUUACGUGCUGCACAGGCGGCAAAGUAGGACCAGCAAACCCUGCGCCAUCUAACGCCUCUUCAGAAACGCUGAACGGAACCAUGCCCGACCACAACCGCGCUACCCAAGACGCAUUCUACCUGCGAACGCUUGCCGCCCAUCUCCUCAAAGAUAUUUGCCGGAAGCACGCGUCGUCGAAUCAAGGCCUCAAGGCACGGAUUGCACGCACUUGCUUGAAGCAGUUUAUGGAUCCCGACAAAUCAGUUGGAACACACUUUGGCGCUCUACAAGCUUUGCUCCUCGUCCUAGGCGCCGGUGACGCACUGAGAGGACUCAUCUUACCGAACAUUAAGAUGUACAACGAUGACUUCCUCUCUAAAAAGCUCGCCGACGAGAGCACGAGGCACGACACCGAGAUACUACUUGCAGUACUCGUAGGUUCCUUCCCAGCCCUGGUACCGAAAAGCAUGAGAGAGCGGAAACAGAGGGAGCAACAAGAGGGAACAUACACAGCACCAGACCUUGACGACGUCCGGGAACAGCUCGUCAACAAGGUCGGCAAUCUCGUAGCCGCGCACAUGAUUGAGAAGAAGAUGGAUUUGGAAAUUCAAGAGAUUCUCAGAAAGGACUUUGAUGUUUGAGCUAUUUAUGAGAGAGCAUACGAGGCAUUACUAUUGGCGUUUCAGGAUAAGGGCUUGCUUGGAUGAUACCAUUUGCUCCGAAGCACAGCGCUCGCACGGCUAUAAUUCAAAUCCGUCCUUUACAUGA